UUUUAUCUUGUCUUUCCAGUCCAUUCUGGUUGAUUUUCUAACAAAAUUACUAGAUCUUGUGGCACACUGAAUUUUAGACACAAACAUCAUUUCAUAUUUCAUAAACAUUCCUCAAUUUUUUUAAAUAAAAAAAAAUAAAAUAAAUAGUUCUAUCGUCCGUAGAUACAAAAGACUAAAUGUUUGCAUAUAAAAAAUACUCUUAUGAUUGUUUGUGUUUAUAAAAAAUGGGCAGAACGAAAAGCAAAGACGAUCCACCGUCAGAAACGCCGGAGGAAUAUUCAGUGGAGAAAAUACUAGACAAACGGACUCACAACGGCAAAAUCGAAUACCUUCUUAAAUGGAAGGGCUACUCGAAUGAAGACAACACUUGGGAACCAGAAGAAAACUUGGAUUGUCCUGAUUUGAUUGCCGCAUACGAGUCGCAAUUUGAAACGGUUCCAAUGGAGGAAUCUGAAAAAGCAAAUAAACGUAAAAAUAUAACAGAAGAUAAUAGGCCUAGAGGAUUUGACAGGGGUUUGGAACCAGACAGAAUUGUUGGUGCCACUGACGCAAGUGGAGAACUUAUGUUUUUAAUGAUGUGGAAAAACUGCAAAGAAGCUGAUUUGGUGCCAGCCAAUCAAGUUAAUGUUAGAUGUCCAGAAAUUGUUAUUAAUUAUUAUGAGAAUAAGGAGCCCUGGGCCUGUAAGGGCAGUGUUAUAGAAAUAGAUUAAGUAUUUUAGAAA